UCCAGCUGUUUUCUCCCCAAAUCCCCGGGGGAGGCGGCGGUUUGGGGCGGACCCGUGGCCGAGGAGGAGCCGGGGGAGGAUUUGGGGUCCCCAAAUGGCCCAGCAGGAGACCUACGGCAACUGGCUGGGCCCCAAGCGCCUGCUGCGGCAGCCAGCGAUUUACUCCGUGCCCGGGAAGAUGUCCCCGGUGGGAAACUUCAGACCAGCGUCUCCCGACAGCUUCGAGGACGAUUACGACGACGUCUCCGUGGUGGGCUCGGAUCAGGCCCCCCCUGCCAAAGACGUUUACCUCCUGGCGGGGCCUCCGGGCUCUUCCCGGGCUCCGUCCCCGAAGGAUCCGGAGGAUUUCAGCCCCAGUUCCCGGCACUCGGACCCAAAAUCCCGGGAUUUGGCCCCAAAAUCCGGGAAUUCCGCCCUGGUGGCCGUCCUGGCCCUGCUGGUGGCCCUGAGCGCCCUGGCCUGGGGGGGGCUCCUGGCCGUGGCCAUCGGGAAGCACAAGGAAAUGAGCGCGGAACUGGAGCUCCUGAAGUCGAAUUUGUCGGGGAUUUGGGAUUCUGUCCAGCAGGAGCAGACCCGGCUGCAGUUCGGGAUCCACCAGCACCAGCUGGAGCUGCAGGAACUCACCGAGCUGCUGUGCCAGGCCAGGAGCUCCCGGCGGUGCCAGGCCGGAUGGAAAUCCCAUGGGAACAGCUGCUACUCCUUUUCCCGGGAUUCCCUGAGCUGGGGCAGCGCCCGCAACGCCUGCGGCGACCUCGGAGCGCACCUGGUGGUCGUCAGCUCCGAGGAGGAGCAGGUGUUCCUGCUGGAGAACAGCAACCGCAGCAGCUCCUACUGGCUGGGGGUGACGGACGGGGAGCAGGAGGGGAAGUGGCGCUGGGUCACCGGGGAGGAUCCCGAUUUCAGGUUUUGGGAUGUGUGGCUGGAGGACUCGGAGAGGGAGCUGAAGGAUUGCGGCACCAUCGGCCCCCGGGGGCUCUGGGUCAACGCGCGCUGCUCGGAAUUCCACCGCUGGAUUUGUGAAAAACCCGGGAAUUGCUGAAUUCCUGCCUCUCCACUCCCCUUUUGGGGUGGUUUUUAACAGAUCCCUCAUAAGAAAAAAAAAAAGGAAUUUUUCCUGGAAUUUCGGAGCUCGGAAUCCGGAGGUGCCGCGAUGCCGAGUUUUGCACCUGAAGGAUCCAGAAUGGCCCCAAAAUCCUCCCAAAUCCAUGGAAAAUAACCCAAAUCCCUCCCAAAAAAUCCCAGGAAACCCCAAAUCUGCUCCUCCCACCCCCCCCCAGCUCCCCAAUAAAAUCACUGGUUUGAACAUGAA